UGCGCGCGCGGGCGCGUCUGUGUGUGUGUGUGUGUGAGUGUGUCGGUAAGCCGGUGGGAGAGGAGAGGAGGACCAGUGACUGAGGCAGAGGAGAGACAGGCGCAAAAAAAAAAAAACACAGACGCAAGAGGCACGGCGCUGAACGGGACUGCGCGUGAACACACCGACGCACCGGGACGGAGGACACAGAGACGCGCGCCGUGCGUCGCUCCGAUAAAGAUUGAAGAAAACCAAAGAAGAAGAACGCAGAGGACCAGCAGCAGGAGGAGGAGGAGAGAGGGAAUUUGAGUCCCUGUGUUGUGCACGUGUCCACAGGCGGUGUGACCCGAUCGGAGAGGCGGGGCGUUGCUGUAUUGACCUUCACGUCGCACAGCGAUGAUGGAGAGGAGCGGGAUGGACGCAGCGCUGCUGGGGCUGUUCCUGGCGCACCUCGCCACAGCGCUGGAGGUGCCGCUCGACCUGCCGCAGCCACCGACCAUAACUCACCAAUCCCCCAAGGAUUACAUCAUCGACCCACGGGAGAACAUUGUAAUCCACUGCGAGGCGAAGGGCAGGCCUCACCCCAGUUUCUCCUGGACCAGAAAUGGGACCCACUUUGACAUCGACGAAGACCCCAACGUGAGCAUGAAGCCCAACUCCGGCACCCUGGUGGUGGACAUCAGCAGGGCGAAGGCCGAGCAUUACGAGUUUGUGUACCAGUGCACGGCGAGGAACAAACACGGAACUGCCGUUUCCAACAACAUAGUCGUCCGACAGUCCAGGUCCCCCUUGUGGUCGAAGGAGAAAGCCGAUCAGAUCGUCAUUUCGGAGGGCAGGUCUCUGGUGCUGCGGUGUCGCCCUCCGGCCGGCCUGCCUCCUCCCAUCAUAUUCUGGAUGGACAAUUACUUCCAGAGGUUGCCUCAGAGCGCCAGGGUGUCGCAGUCCCUGAACGGGGACCUGUACUUCUCCAACGUGCUCCAGGAGGACUCCAGGAACGACUACAUCUGCUACGCCCGCUUCCCGUACACCCAGACCAUCCAGCAGAAACAACCCAUCAUCGUCAAGGUCCUCGACCUGGAUGCAAUCAAUGACACAAUGGCAGCUUUUUACAAUGACACUGAUUUAUUUAGUGACGAGCCGGCAGACGAGAGGAAGCCGAGCUUCCUCAUCCCGUCCGGCCCCUCCAGCUCCAUGACCGUUCUGAGGGGACAGGUGCUGGAGAUGGAGUGCAUCGCCGAUGGACUGCCCACUCCGGAAAUAUCUUGGGCCAAAGUGAGCGGCGACCUCCCGACCAAGCGCACGUCCUUCCUGCACUACGAGAAGACGCUGCGGAUCGCCGACGUGUCGGAGUCGGACGCGGGAGAGUACCGCUGCACCGCCAGGAACCCGCUGGGCUCGGUGCACCACACCAUCCGCGUCACGGUCAAAGCUGCUCCGUACUGGAUCAGCGGCGCCCCCAGGAACCUGGUCCUGGCUCCGGGAGAGAGCAGCGUGCUGACCUGCAGGGCCAGCGGCACGCCCAAGCCCUCCGUGUCCUGGGCCAUGAACGGCAUCCCCAUCGAGAAUUCCCCCAAGGAUCUCAGCAGAACGGUGGAGGACGACACCAUCAUCUUCACCGAUGUGCAGGCCGGGUCCAGCGCCGUCUACCAGUGCAACGUCUCCAACGACUACGGUUACCUGCUGUCCAACGCCUUCGUCAACGUCCUCUCGGAGCCGCCCAGAGUGCUGACGCCAAACAACAAAGUCUACCAGGUCAUCAGAAACCGGCAGGCCUCCAUGGACUGCGCCUCCUUCGGGUCGCCCCUCCCCAAAAUCACAUGGUUCAAAGACAGUCGCUCCAGUACCCUGGACGGAGACCCUUACGUCCUGCACGACAACGGGACGCUAGAGAUCCGCGCGGCCCAGGCGCACAAUAGCGGCAAAUACACGUGCGUGGCCAGGAACAGCCUCGGGAUCCUCGAGAACCACGUCUACCUGGAGGUCAAAGAGCCCACCCGCAUCCUGAAGCAGCCGGAGUACAAAGUGGUGAAGCUGGGCAGGUCGGCCGUGUUUGAGUGUAAGGUGAAGCAUGACCCCUCGCUCGUCCCCACCAUGACCUGGCUCAAGGACGACGGGGAGCUGCCUGACGACGAGAGAUUAAUCGUGGACUCCGACACCCUCACCAUCAACGACGUGGGCGAGAGCGACGCAGGGGUUUACACCUGCAUCAUGAACACCACUCUGGACCACGACUCGGCCAGCGCCGAGCUCACCGUCGUCGAGGCCACAACACCAGCUGUUGUCUACGAGCGACCCGACCCCCCUACUGACCUGGAGCUGACGGACCUGAAAAAGAGGAGUGUCCAGCUCACUUGGAUCCCAGGGGAUGAACAUAACAGUCCAAUUCAUAAAUUUCUGAUCCAGUACGAAGAUUCCCUGCACCACCGAGGCCACUGGCAUAAUCUCACCGAGGUCCCCGGCAGCAGGACGACAGCUCACCUCAAGCUGUCCCCCUACAUCCACUACACCUUCAGAGUGCUGGCCCUCAACGCUGUGGACUUCAGCCGCCCCAGCUUCCCCUCCAGAACGGUUGAGACAGAACCUGCAGCUCCGGACAAGAACCCGACAGGUGUACAGGGAUUUGGAACAGAACAUGAUAAUCUUGUCAUCUCAUGGAAGCCGCUGUCGGGCCUGCACCACAACGGCCCCGGGCUCCACUAUAAAGUCAUGUGGAGGCAGGAGGUGGUGGACAGCGACUGGACCACAGUGACGGUGGCCAACAACUCCAAGUUUGUUGUGUCCGGAACGCCGACGUUCGUUCCUUACGAGCUAAAGGUCCAGGCAGUGAACGACCUCGGAGCCGGGCCCGAGCCCGCUGUCGCCCACGGCUACUCCGGCGAGGACUUGCCGGUCGCCGCUCCAGGCAACGUGCAGGCCGUGUUGCUGAACAGCACCCUGGCAGAGUUACACUGGGAUCCUGUUCCCGCUAAAUUGAUACGAGGACACCUCAAAGGAUAUAAGGUGUACUACUGGAAAGAGCACAGCCUCCACAAGCACAAUCCCCACCUCGUGAAGAGCCAGAUCCUGACCUUCAGCGGGGACCACACACACAGAAGGCUGCCCGGCCUGCACCCCUUCAGUCUCUACUUGUUCAAUGUCAGGGUCUAUAACGGCAAGGGGGAGGGCCCCCCCAGCCCCAACCAGCAGAUCGUGACACCUGAAGGAGUGCCGGGUGCUCCUUCUUCUCUGCUGGUCACCAACCCAAACCUGGACUCUCUGACCCUCGAAUGGAGUCCUCCUCAUGAGCGUAACGGACACAUCACUGGCUACACCCUCAGAUAUCAGUCAGUCAAUAACUCCAACGAGCUGGGCCCAGUGGAGGAGCUGGCCCUGCCGGCCAACGAGACCUCGCUCACUUUGCUCAACCUCAAGUACAGCACGCGCUACAGGUUUUAUUUGAAUGCGAUCACGGUCAGGGGAGCAGGCCCGGCCAUUUCUCAGGAAGCCGUCACCGUCAUGGAUGAAGCUCUAAUAUCACAGCAUGGCGCAGACGUGGGCGCAGGAAACACGCAAACCCCUCAUGCCAUUGCACCGUCUCCUCCACGCCGUCCGCCCCCCAAGGCGCGGACCGUGAAUCCUUUCGGGAACGUUAGCUCCUCGUUUGGCGAGGACGGGACCCUGAUCAGUUGGGAUUACUGGGGCCCCGAGCAAAACGUUUACGUAGAAUACAUAGUGCAAAACAGUGAAGGGGAAGAGGAGUGGCAGAAAGAGCCGGUGAACGGCACUCAGAAUGUUAUGCUGAAGGGCUUAAAGGGGGGCCUCUCCUAUAGGGUGCGUUUGGUGGCCAAAGGUCACCACGACCAGCCGCUCCACCGCUCCGAUGAGCUAUUGGUCUCGGUCCCAGCUGUGGCGAGCCGACAGGUGGACAUUGCCACUCAGGGAUGGUUCAUCGGCCUGAUGUGUGCCAUCGCUCUGCUCAUCCUGAUCCUCCUCAUUAUCUGCUUCAUCCAGAGGAAUAAGGGAGGAAAGUACCCUGUCAAAGAGAAGGAGGACGCACACACAGACCCAGAGUUCCAGCCAAUGAAAGACGACGACUGUACUUUUGGGGAAUACAGUGACAAUGAGGACCAUAAACCGUUAAAAGGGAGCCGCACGCCGUCUAAUGGGACAGUUAAGAGGGACGACAGUGACGACAGUUUAGUUGACUACGGGGAAGGAGGAGACGGACAGUUCAACGAGGACGGCUCGUUUAUCGGCCAGUAUAGCGGAAAGAGCGCCAGCAGGGGGACCGCCGAGGGCCACGAGAGCUCCGAGGCCCCGUCCCCUAUUAAUACCAUGAACUCCCUCAACUCGUUCGUGUAGCCAGUCGGUGUGAGGGGGGGGUGCGCACGGACGCAAAACCGCUGCAUGGCCUUUACCGACCUCCCUCCCCCUGCGGCGAAACCACCAAAUACACACGAGUCAUGGAAGGCAUUUAGGUUUUCACUGGUGGAGGCUUCACGGAGGGGCUUGGAGACCUGUGGCUCUUUAUGUACCCUACGCAGCAUUUAGGAACCAAGUAGCUCAACCAAGGCAUUUCAUUUAAACAGCGCCAUGCAUGAAACACCUGAUAUGACCCAAAUCCACAUUUAAAUGAACAGCUUGAUGGUUACAAUUGAAUCCUUCUUACAGGAAACCUCUUAUGGACUCUGCAGUGCUCGGCUAAAUUAUAUUGAAUUCUGUCAUUGGUUAUUAUAUUAUCUACUAUGUUCAAAUAGUAAUCAAAGUCUAAAGUAUAUGACUUUUCCAACCUGGUUUUAUUUCUUUUCUUUUCUUUUCAACAAAGAAGCUCGGAUUGGAAUCUGUAUCAAAUGAAGUAAUUUCCUUCAUGUAAUUUAAUCAGUGCACAAGGCUGAUGUACACUGUCUGUGUGCAUAUAUAUAUAUAUAUGAUAUAUAUACAUAUAUAACAUCUGUAAACUGAAUAUUGGGAGCAGUGCACAAGCCAUGUGUGAGCGGUGCGUCCUCAUUUGUCCCCACUGUGUUGAACGAUGGAACUGCACCUAACAAAGGAGGACGCUGAAAUGCUGCAUGGCGUGCUACGGUCACGUGACCUCGUGACCUUUGCCCUGCAUGCAACCUCUUCCUAUCGAGCUUGAUCUGGCCAAUGGGAAAUGCCGAGGUCGGCGCCCGCAGUCCUCCUUCAGCGGGAAGUGCCUUUUCUCCGAAGCAUCCAUUCAGUUGGGGAGUCUCUUCCACCGGAGCUCAGUGAUGGGAACGGAGCCACAUCCAAGCGAGGAUAAGAUAAGCUUGAGAAGAGGACUCUGCGGAGGGAGGAAUAAUUACUAUACUCUUGUUAUCUCUUUUUUCUUUUUUUUUGUAAAGAUGUCGCAAUGCCUUGAGACACAGGACUGGCUUUGAUUCCUCAAAGAAAGCCAAACGCACCUAAAUCGGAUCCGACUCAAACAUGGUUAAAAGCACUGUCUGCUGCAUUAACGAGGUCUACAGUCGUCUGGUUCAGAACGUGAUUGUAUUCCUGCAGUGUACGAAUGUAUGGAUUUCUGAGUGGGCAGGUGUUUGUGUGCGAAUACUACACAUGAUUCAGUUCACUUGUACUAACUACACUUCAGGGCCUUUGGAUGGAAUCAAGACUUCUUUUCUCUUAACUUGCAUCAAGUUUUUUUUAAUUUUUUUUUUUAUGAGGUGUAGAAUAUCUGUUGAAUUUGUAAAUACCUUAAUUGAUUGUACAGGUACAAGCAGCUUUGAGGGCAGCCUAAGAGGCGAUAUUGUGCAUGAAAUGGUUUAACUUGUUGAUAGGACUGUAUUAAAUAUAGAGUACUUGUAGGAUAUAUACUGUAUAUAUAUGCUUUUUUUGCUGUGUACAUUGUAUUGUAACUAACUGGACAGAAAAUUGAAUAUACAUAUUGAUUGUUUUCUGAUUUGCUUGUCAGCGAGUUUAUGACUUUGGUAUUGUACAAGGUGUAGUAUUUAGCCACAAUAUUAAUUGACCCACAGAACUAUAUUAUUCUGAUUCAAAUUGGUUUGAUGCAGUCCAAGUUUACUGCUAAAUCGAUGCCCUUUUCUGACAGUAUUGCAAAUUGGUUUUGUAUUUAAGAAACAGAUUUCUACUAACGGAUACUUUCUUUGUCUUUAUUUAAGUUUCUCCUUAUUAGUGCAAGUAUGAAUUUCAAGUUACUGGAAAUAUAAUGAAUGAAUAAAUAAUUAUGCGAUUGAA